AUGGAAUGUGCAAAAGCGCUUAGAUUAUUCGAUUCCUUAAAAAUUAUGUGCUUCAAGAGAAGGGAGUUCUCCAAUCUUCUGACCGGCUAUGUUAUCCCAGCUGUUUUCAACGUCUGGAAAGGGCAGCAGCAGUGUUUGCUAAAUAGCAUUAAGGACAUCCCAAUUUGUAUUGCGUCUGACAUGCGAGUGGACAGUCCUGGGCACAGUGGACUGUUCGGCUCAGGGAGUAGCUUAGAUGUUGACAGAAAUAUAAUUCUGGACACUCAAGUUAUUAAG